AACCCGGAAGCUGAGAACUGCGUAGGAGCCCAUUCUUCUCUCCAAGCCUUUGUUUUCGAUCGUCUGAAGGAAGUGAGGUCACGUCUCGUUUCCUGUUUGGAGGACGGCACUCUGCGAUUUCCUGUAUUACCCAUGGCUGGUGCCCGGGCGCUGGGCGAAAGCGGCGGGGGUGGUGCAGCCGCUAUGGACUAUUCAGUACACGAGGCUUGGAAUGAAGCCACCAACAUUUACCUGCUGGCGGUGCUCGCCAGCUUGGCCCUCUUGGUGUACGCCCGCAGAAAUAAGAGGAAGAUUAUGAGGAUUUUUACAUUACCUCCAACAAUAGAAAUACCAUCUGAACCAAACUUUUAUGACAGUGUGAAAAAAGUCCGUCUUCGGCAGCAAUUAGAGAUGUAUUCUAUCGCAAGGAAAUAUGACCACCAGCAGCAACCACAGAAACAGACUGAUAGUGUACAGCUUUUGGUGGAAUGAAAUCUUGAAUUUCUGAAGUCAAGUGCUGAGGAUGCCAGAGCAUUGAUGAUAGUCACUUUCAGUGCAACUUUAAUGGUAUAUAGUAUUUUUUAAAAUAUGCACUAAUUGCAUAAGGUAUGUCUUGAUGAUAGGCUCUAUAUUUAUGUAUUAUUGCAUAAUGAUUCUCUAAGAUCUGAAAAAUAUGGAAAUAUAUACUGGUCCUAUUUCCUAAUUUGUAUUCCAUAUACAUUCCCAGUGAAAUUAUGAGCUCACAGGAGCACUGAGAUGAUCACUGCAGUUUCUGCAGUUGUUUCAAGUCUUCAUUUCAAGAGGGAUGGAGGCAUCUGGUAUUUGAUGUGCCAUAAUGUGGCCAGUAAUUCAGCUACUUCUGUAAAUGAACAGAGUGCCUCAUAUGGUGGGACUUUUAAUAAACACUGAGCAGAAUUACUAAAUUUUAAUGAGUAAUUGGAUAUAGAUAAAAAGAUGAAAAGUUUAGGAAAAGCACUUCUUUUCUGAUCUGAUACAAAUUAGAGUGAGGAACAAACAGCCCAUUCGACCAGUUUGAUGGGGACUUCAUGAAACAAGACUAUUUUUGCAAUUGACCAUUUAGUUGUUUCUCUUUUAUCUUUGUCUUCCAAAUUCUGAAAUCAUAAUUUCUUUCAGAAAUCCUCACCUGAUAAAUGAUUAUUGUAGUCUGUAACACUUUAUGAGAGGGAUGCAACUUGGCAUUUUAGACUUAAAGGUGGAAUGCUAAAAGAGGAUUAUCUAAGUUGGAGUACAGAUAACAGCACUAUUUUUGUCAGGGAAAACUAGACUUAUAAAACAUCUAUCUGUAAUGAAUAAUUAUCUAUUAUUUGUUGGUUUAUCAAAAACAUCAAGCAAAAUUGACAGUGGAAAUAUAAAAUGACUAGAUGCCUAAAUAUUUGAAGAAUACUUGAUUUGGGCAUGUUUGAAAACUUGAAUAUUUGAUUGAUUGUAUUUUGAGUUACAUCCUUAAACAUGGACUAUUCUUCUUCCAAUAAUAGACAACAAAAAGGCAAAUUAAUUUAGGCUAUUGUUAAAUGGCCAGUUCUGAUACAUUUGUCAUAUACCCAUAUAUAUCUCCUAUUGCCUGUUCUAAGUUUAAACUCUGUUAUGUCUCUGAAUGCAGCAAGAGUUCCUGAAUUUUGCAAGCACUGAUUCUGAGAUUCUUUGGGUGCAGCACUAAAGUGAUUGUUCUAACUAAAGGGCUGUUGACCAAUUGGACAGAGAAAGGCUACAGUAACAUAGCCUUUCAUACAUGUUUGAUCUGUACCAUGUAAUUAUUCCUAUGAGGAUUUCUUUCUGAUAUCCUUUUGUAGUACAGUUCAAGCAGUUUAAAUCUGAAGAUAGGCUUCACACUUAUACUAGUGUAAUCAUAAAAGAUGCCUGUCAGACCACUAAGAAGUGAUGCUCAUAUUUGUAGUUGCAAGAAUUGUCCUACACUUGCACUGAUUACCGUAGUGAAUUAACUUUUUGAGCAGUAUGAACAAUGCUCAUGCAGUAGAAAUAGAAGACAAGUGAGACAAACAAAUUUCUCAUGGAUGGCCUGAUUUGUACAUCUUGCUAAGUUAUGUGUUUGUUUUUCUAGUGUCAUGUGCAAACCAUACUGGAUUAAAUGUUGGCUUUGAGUUAUGUCAAAAUACAGCCUGUAUGUUGGAAGACAAACUAAAGUACAUCCUUUUAUAUUCUGUGUAUGGUAUAUUUGGAAAGUAGUAUCACUUUCCUUGUACUGUUAAAUAUGUUAAAUACCACAAUUAAUGUUAGCUGUAAGUGUGCUCUUGUAAAAUAUUUUGAUGGCCCCAGUGUAUAAUUUUUUUUUACAAAAGUAAAAAAUAUUUAAAAUUG